GAGAAUUUAGUCUAUGGUACAUUACAAUAUUGCGGCCGCUCCCAUCCUGUUUUUAUGAUAAUAUUAAAGAAAAUUCAUUAGAACUGGAAGAAAAUACGUCGGGUCUAGUGUUGUUAAUGCAAAUCUAGUUAUGAUGUAUAAAUCUCACCUGUAGUGGUCAUUCGUGAUACUAAGUAGAAUGUCUCUAUCGAAGGCAGUACAUAUCAGCCAGCAAAAGCUGGCUGAAAAACUGAUCAUAUUGAAUGACCGAGGCAUUGGAAUGCUAACAAGAAUCUACAACAUCAAAAAAGCGUGUGGCGAUGCUAAAUCCAAACCAGCAUUCCUAUCUGAUAAAGCAUUGGAAUCUUCAAUCAAACAUAUUGUCAGAAGAUUUCCUAAUAUAGAUGUCAAAGGACUACAAGCUAUAACUAACAUAAGAAAUGAGAUUAUAAAGUCUUUGUCUUUAUAUUAUUACACUUUUGUUGAUCUUCUAGAUUUCAGGGAUAAUGUUUGUGAACUUCUGAAUAUCAUAGAUACUUGCCAAGUCACUCUUGACUUGACAAUCAACUUUGAGUUGACUAAAAAUUACUUAGAUUUGGUGUCCACAUAUGUAUCUUUGAUGAUAUUACUUGCCCGUGUUGAAGACCGCAAAGCAGUUUUGGGAUUGUUCAAUGCUGCACAUGAAAUGGUUCACAAUCAAAUAGAUCCCAGUUUCCCUCGACUUGGGCAAUUGAUUGUGGACUAUGAUGCUCCAUUGAAAAAACUUUCAGAUGAAUUUGUGAUACAUCAAAAGCCACUCAUGUCUGCUUUGAAUUCAUUAUGGCAUGUUUAUCCUGCUAGGAACCUCACAGCAGAGCAUUGGCGGUCAGAGCAGAAACUCAGCUUAGUCAGCAACCCAGCACUGCUCUUGAAACCUUCGGAAACCAAUACCAUGUCCUGUGAGUAUUUGUCAUUGGAAUCUCUUGAAAGAUGGAUUAUAUUUGGGUUUGCUCUGUGCCAUCAAAUGCUGCAACAUGAACGCAAUACUAAGAUGUGGGUGAGUGCAUUGGAGUCUGGAUGGGUCAUAACGCUUUUUAGGGAUGAAGUCAUUUAUAUCCACAGUUACAUUCAGGGAUUUUUUGAUGGAAUAAAAGGAUAUGGCAAGAAAGUAUCAGAAGUUAAAGAUUGCUAUCACCAUGCUGUUCAAAAGGCUGGUUAUAAACACAGAGAGAGAAGGAAAUUCCUAAGAACUGCUUUGAAAGAACUUGGGCUAAUAUUGACAGACCAGCCUGGCUUAUUGGGCCCAAAAGCAUUGUUGAUAUUUAUGGGCCUGUGCUAUGCAAGGGAUGAAGUGUUUUGGCUAAUAAGACAUAAUGAUAAUCCUCCACAGAAAGUAAAAGGAAAAUCAACUGAAGAUUUGGUUGAUCGUCACCUUCCUGAAUUACUGUUUCAUAUGGAGGAAUUGAGGGCUUUGGUGCGCAAAUACAGUCAGGUCAUGCAGAGAUAUUAUGUCCAGUUUUUGUCAGGCUAUGAUGCAGUGGCAUUAAAUUUGAUGAUACAGAAUUUGCAGGUUUGCCCAGAGGAUGAGAGCAUCAUAUUAUCUUCAUUGUGUAAUACUGCUGCCAACUUGAGUGUAAAACAAGUUGAGGAUAAUGAAUUAUUUGAUUUUAGAGCUUUUCGUUUGGAUUGGUUUAGACUGCAGACUUAUACAUCAGGAGCCAAAAGCUCUUUUAAUUUGAGUGAUCAAAGAGAAUUGGCACAAUUUAUUGAUAAAAUGGUUUUCCACACCAAGAUGGUAGAUAACCUUGACGAAAUUAUGGUAGAAACAUCUGACUUAUCUAUUUUCUGUUUUUAUAGCAAGAUAUUUGAAAACCAAUUCCAUAUGUGUUUAGAGUUUCCAGCUCAAAAUAGAUACAUUAUUGCUUUCCCGUUAAUAUGUAGUCAUUUCCAAAACUGUACUCAUGAGCUGUGUCCAGAAGAGAGACAUCAUAUUAGAGAGAGGAGUCUUUCAGUAGUGAAUAUUUUCUUAGAUGAAAUGGCAAAAGAGGCUAAAAAUAUAAUUACUACAAUCUGCGAUGAACAAUGCACAAUGAGUGACAAAUUGCUGCCCAAACAUUGCGCACAGACCAUUGCCCAGUUGGCCAACAGAAAGAAAAAAGAUAAAAAUAAAAAGAACACAAUUGAAAUUGUGAAACCUGGAGCAGAAAGUUACAGAAGGACCAGAGAAGAACUCACCACCAUGGAUAAACUUCAUAUGGCAUUAACUGAACUUUGCUAUGCAAUAAAUUAUUGCACAACUGUCAAUGUGUGGGAAUACACCUUUGCACCUCGCGAAUACCUUAACCAGCAUUUAGAGAACAGAUUCUCCAAGGCGCUGGUUGGCAUGGUCAUGUUCAAUCAGGAUACUAGUGAAAUUGCCAAACCUUCAGAAUUGCUUGUAAGUGUUCGGGCCUAUAUGAAUGUCUUGCAAACCGUGGAAAACUAUGUUCAUAUUGACAUGACAAGAGUUUUUAACAACUGUUUACUCCAACAAACACAGAACAUGGACAGCCAUGGCGAAAAAACAAUAGCAUCUUUAUACACUCAGUGGUAUUCUGAAAUAUUACUCAGGAGAGUGAGUGCUGGCAGCAUUUGCUUCUCCAUGAACCAAAAGGCAUUUGUUAGUCUCACAGCUGAGGUUGCAAUUCCUUUUAAUGCUGAAGAGUAUUCAGAUAUCAAUGAGCUUAGAGCUCUCGCUGAAUUGAUUGGCCCUUAUGGUAUGAAACUUUUGAGUGAAACUUUGAUGUGGCAUAUUUCAAGCCAAGUGCAAGAACUAAAAAAACUUGUAGUCCAGAACAAGGAAGUCCUUCAAGCACUUAGAACAAACUUUGAUAAGCCCGAAAUCAUGAGAGAACAGUUCAAGAGACUGCAGCAAGUAGACAAUGUAUUGCAAAGAAUGACAAUAAUUGGAGUAAUUUUGAGCUUCCGUCAGAUUGCGCAAGAGUCAUUGCUCGAUGUAUUAGAAAGGCGGAUACCGUUUUUGAUAAGUUCAAUAAAGGACUUCCAGCAACAAUUGCCUAGUGGCGACCCCAUGCGGGUCAUCUCUGAAAUGUGCUCUGCUGCCGGUUUACCCUGCAAGGUAGAUCCAACACUCGCGUCGGCUCUACGACAGCAUAAGGCAGAGUUAGAAGAAGAGGAGCACCUAAUUGUGUGCCUACUGAUGGUAUUUGUAGCAGUGUCCCUGCCAAGAUUGGCGCGCAAUGAAAGCUCGUUCUACAGACCAUCUUUAGAAGGCCACGCAAAUAAUAUCCAUUGCAUUGCUCCUGCCAUCAACCACAUAUUUGGUGCAUUGUUCACCAUUUGCGGGCAGGGUGAUAUCGAAGAUCGUAUGAAAGAGUUUUUAGCUUUGGCGUCGUCGUCUUUGCUGCGUUUGGGUCAAGAGACUGAUAAAGAAGCAAUACGUAACCGAGAAUCUGUGUAUUUACUUCUUGACCUUAUAGUUCAGGAGUCGCCAUUUCUAACGAUGGAUUUACUUGAAUCAUGUUUCCCUUAUGUGCUGAUCCGCAAUGCUUAUCAUGAAGUGCAUAAACAGGAACAAAUGCUGUUGCAUUCAUAAUUAAGAUAUUAUUUUGAAAAACGACAAUCAUGUAUUUUAUUUAGAUUUAGAUACCAUAUUUAUAUUGUCUACUUGCAGACAUAUUCCAAUAUGAUUAAGGAUAUAUUAGCCAUUAGUGCACUUUUGAGAUUAAUUUUUCCAUCAUAAUUUCAUAAGACUGGAAUAAUACUGUUCCCUACAAAUAUUUCUUUGAAAAUACAUACAUAUAUCAUAUACUUAUUUAAAAUACGUAAUGUAGUUUACGUAUAAUUAUUUUUUUAGAUUUAAGUUUCCAAUGUACUAAAGAUAUGUUUACCGCCUAGCUUCAUUCUUGAUAAACACGUUGGUUGCUUGCCUAUAAUUAUUAUGAUAAAAAUGUCAUUCCCAUUAUUUUUAAUCCUAAAGCUCUAUAAUAAGUUCAAGUUUUUGGUAAAUUGUCAUUCGAUUAUAUUCGUUUUUGAGAAUGAAUGGAAAUAUAUUUGCAUUUAUAUUAAUCCCACCAUGUCAUCUAUUAUUUCAUUAUCGUCUGCUUUCACUUGGUAUUUUUAAUUGUUGUGCAAUUGCAUAAUUGUAUUUUAAAUUUUAUUGUUGACUAACGAAGAUAAUUAAAGGUUGUCGACUUUUUGUUCGUACGGUCCAUAAAUCAUCUCAUCAUGAGUACCUAGCUUAUUGUUGAUAUCUUUAACCGCAAUAAAGAUGCUUAGGUUGCCCUUUAUGUUACGUGCGCGGUCCUUCUGUUACUCGCGUCAAGGGUAAUGUGGAAGUUACAAAUUUAUUUUCUGAUAUUCUAGUAAUCUUAGAGCCCAAACAGACCCUUUCAGCGUUUUAUAUUCUUUGUAUACCUUUAUUUUUAAUAGAGAGUAGUGCAUUUCAUUCAAUUAUUAGCGAAGCUUGGAUAGGCAUGUAACAUCUUCGACUUCAUCGUCAGUAACCAUCAUGUGAGAUAGAAGGCAAAUGCUUAUCCAAUAUUGACUAAUUUAAAAAAAUCAAGCCAUAGAAUUUACUAAUCGUUUUUUCACUUUAGAAGAAUGCAAAAUUUCUGAAAAAAAAAUAAAGUUUGUAAAAAAACCUUUAUUAAUUUUGCCAUGGAAAUAGUAUAUUAUUCCGAUAUCUAUGUAAAGAGCAAAUUUUGUACCUUUUAAAUUAAGUACUCGUGUUUAAUAAACAGAACUUAAAUCCAA